AUGCACAAGUUUGGGGAUGUUAUUCUAGGAGGGAUCUUUCCGAUAAACUAUUACACUGCAUCUUCUGAACAGUAUUUUACUUCAGAGCCAAAAGAUCCAAUCUGUUAUGGCUUUGAUAUUCAAGGUUUCAGACAGGCCCAGACCAUGGCCUUUGCUGUGGAUGAAAUUAACAGAAACUCCAAACUGCUUCCUAAUAUAUCGUUGGGAUACAGCCUAUAUGAUAGCUGUGUCAAACUAGGGAUCUCAUUCCGUGCAGCUCUGUCUAUGACCAGUGGCAGAGGAGAGCCGUUUCAAUUAAAUGAGAGCUGUUACGGGUAUCCUCCGCUGUUGGGUAUUGUGGGAGAAUCUACUUCAACGCAUACUAUUGCCAUUUCUAGUAUCCUAAGCUUGUACAGUCUACCAAUGGUCAGUUAUUUUGCCACAUGUUCUUGUCUGAGUGACAGGAAGCAGUUCCCAUCAUUCUUUAGAACUAUUCCAAGUGACGCAUUUCAGGUGCGAGCUAUGCUCCAGAUUCUGAGGAGGUUUGGCUGGACUUGGGUUGGUCUUGUGAUCAGUGAUGACGACUACGGUCGCCACACGGCCCAAUCAUUCCAGUCAGACCUGGCCAAGUCUGGUGGAGGCUGUCUGGCUUAUCUAGAGGUUCUGCCCUGGGGACACGAAGUUGCUGAAAUAAAGAAGAUUGUUGGCAGAAUAAAGAAAUCCACAUCCCGUGUGGUUACUGUUUUUGCACAUACAAGCAACAUGCUUGAUCUCAUGGAAGAGGUUGUAAAACAAAAUGUGACUGGCCUACAGUGGAUUGCCAGUGAAGCCUGGAGUACAGCCAAAGUGCUCCAUACUCCCAGCUACAUGCCUUUCCUUGCAGGCACUCUGGGCAUUGCCAUCCGCCGGGGAGAGAUACCAGGACUCAGGGACUUCCUACUGACCAUACGCCCUGACAAUGACACACUCAGCACCCAGGACAACACCUUAGUGAAGCAGUUUUGGGAGCAGAUAUUUCGGUGUAAAUUUGUAUCUGGUUGGAUGGAGAUGGAAGGUCAGAUUCAAGAACGACUAUGUACAGGGAAUGAGCUUCUAAGGAAUAAAGAUACUGAAUUCUUGGACCUGUCUAACCUCAGGCCAGAGUAUAAUGUGUACAAAGCUGUGUAUGCCCUGGCACAUGCCCUACAUGAACAUCUGCAGUGUGUUCCAGGGAGUGGGCCUUUCAAAGGGCAAAGCUGUGCUCGUUUGCAGGGACUAGAGCCAUGGCAGCUUGUCUAUUAUUUGCAAAGAGUCAAUUUCACUACAGAUUUUGGGGAUCAAGUGUCAUUUGAUGAGAAUGGGGAUGUUUUACCAAUCUAUGAUGUGAUGAACUGGAGGUGGCUCCCAGAUGGAAGCACAGAGGUUACAAAUGUGGGAGACGUUAAAGAAAUGGCUGCAAAAGUCAUUGAUCUUAACCUUGAUGAAGACAAAAUCUUUUGGAAUUUUGAAUCGAAAAAGCCUCCCAGGUCAGUGUGUAGUGAGAGCUGUCCCCCAGGCACUCGCAUAGCCAUAAAGAAAGGUGAACCUGUCUGCUGCUUCGACUGCAUCCCCUGUUCAGAUGGAAAAAUAAGCAACGGGACAGAUUCAACGGAAUGUACAAGCUGUCCAGAGGAUUUUUGGUCCAACAUCCAGCGGGAUCAAUGUGGCCCCAAAAGCAAGGAAUUUCUUUCCUAUAUGGAACCCCUGGGAAUCUCCUUUACAACAGCAUCAUUAUUCGGAGCACUCUUAUGCACCAUUGUUUUGGGAAUCUUCACCCGGCAUCGGACCACACCAGUGGUCAGUUAUUUUGCCACAUGUUCCUGUCUGAGUGACAGGAGGCAGUUCCCUUCAUUCUUUAGAACAAUUCCAAGUGACGCAUUUCAGGUUGUAAAACAAAAUGUGACCGGCCUACAAUGGAUUGCCAGUGAAGCCUGGAGUACAGCUAAAGUUCUCCAUACUCCCACCUACAUGCAUUUUCUUGCAGGCACUCUGGGUAUUGCCAUUCGCCGGGGGGAAUUACCAGGUCUCAGGGACUUCCUACUGACCAUACGCCCCGACAAUGACACACUCAGCACCCAGGACAACACCUUAGUGCGGCAGUUUUGGGAGCACAUAUUUCGGUGUAAAUUUGUAUCUGGUUGGACGGAGAUGGAAGGUCAGACUCAAGAACGUCUAUGUACAGGGAAUGAGGUUCUAAGGAAUAAAGAGACUGAAUUCUUGGACCUGUCUAACCUCAGGCCAGAGUAUAAUGUGUACAAAGCUGUAUAUGCCCUGGCACAUGCCCUACAUGAACAUCUGCAGUGUGUUCCAGGGAGUGGGCCUUUCAAAGGGCAAAGCUGUGCCCGUUUGCAGGGACUAGAGCCAUGGCAGCUUGUUUAUUAUUUGCAAAGAGUCAAUUUCACUACAGAUUUUGGGGAUCAAGUGUCAUUUGAUGAGAACGGGGAUGUUUUACCAAUCUAUGAUGUGAUGAACUGGAGGUGGCUCCCAGAUGGAAUCACAGAGGUUACAAAUGUGGGAGACGUUAAAGAAAUGGCUUCAAAACGCAUUGAUCUUAACCUUGAUGAAGACAAAAUCUUUUGGAAUUUUGAAUCAAAAAAGCCUCCCAGGUCAGUGUGUAGUGAGAGCUGUCCCCCAGGCACUCGCAUGGCCAUAAAGAAAGGUGAACCUGUCUGCUGCUUUGACUGCAUCCCCUGUUCAGAUGGAAAAAUAAGCAACGGGACAGAUUCAACCGAAUGUACAAGCUGUCCAGAUGAUUUUUGGUCCAACAUCCAGCGGGAUCAAUGUGUCCCCAAAAGCAAGGAAUUUCUUUCCUAUGUUGAACCCCUGGGAAUCUCCUUCACAACAGCAUCAUUAUUGGGAGCACUCUUAUGCACCAUUGUUUUGGGAAUCUUUACCCAUCAUCGGACCACGCCAGUGGUUAGGGCCAACAACUCAGAGCUUAGCUUCCUCAUUCUGCUGUCACUCAAACUAUGCUUUUUGUGCUCCUUGUUUUUCAUUGGUAAACCAAUGCUGUGGACUUGCCAGUUGAGGCAUGCAGCAUUUGGGAUCAGCUUUGUUCUGUGUGUUUCGUGUAUCCUGGUGAAGACCAUGGUAGUUCUGGCAGUGUUCAAGGCCUCCAAACCAGGUGGUGACCGUGGUCUGAAGUGGUUUGGAGUAAUGCAACAGAGAGGGACUGUUGUAUUUCUGACUUUAAUACAAGCAGCAGUUUGUAUAACAUGGCUUGUGUCUUCCUCACCAGCUCCUAAUGAAAACACAAAGUACUACAGCGACAGGAUAGUAGUUGAGUGUCUAGUGGGGUCCACAGUAGGAUUUGGAGUAUUACUCGGCUAUAUUGGCUUACUGGCUAUUCUCAGUUUCCUGCUUGCAUUCUUGGCACGAAAUCUACCAGAUAACUUCAAUGAGGCCAAGUUUAUCACCUUCAGCACGCUGGUCUUCUGUGCUGUUUGGAUAGCCUUUAUCCCAGCUUAUAUUAACUCCCCUGGUAAAUAUGCCGAUGCUGUAGAAGUAUUUGCCAUUCUAGCUUCUAGUUUUGUGCUGUUACUGGCCCUAUUUGGACCAAAGUGUUACAUUAUUCUCCUUAAGCCUGAGAAAAACACAAAAAAAGCUUUAAUGGGACGAGGCUCACCAAGAUCAUAG